AUGCACGGCCUCCUUCUUGCCGCUGGGCUUCUUAGCCUGCCGCUCCAUGUCCUCGCACAUCCUCAGCCUGGCACGAGCCUUGCUGGCCGAGCUGUUGAUCUGAAUGCAUACCGCAUGGCUGACAGGGCCAGCUACAUGAGUUCAGAUGAGAUGCAGGCCCAGCAGCCGCAUAUCGCCUCCGUCAGCGCCGGUGGCUAUGUCGAGACUGCCACUGAGGUUGUGAAGCGGGUGAUGCCUGGAAUGACCUUCCGUCUCGUCGAUGAUCAUUAUGUUGGCGUGUCCGGCAUCAGCCAUGUAUACUUCCGCCAAACCAUGCAUGGCAUGGACAUCGAUAACUCUGACUUCAAUGUCAACAUUGGCAAAGAUGGCAAAGUCCUCUCCUACGGAAACUCCUUCUACACCGGGCCGGCCCCUGAUAAGGCCCCGAUGGUGAAGCGGGACUUCUCUGACCCCAUGCAGGCCCUGCACGGAGUCCGCAAGGCCCUUAACCUGCCAAUCACGGCCGACAAGGCGACCGUCAAGACUGUGAAUGAGCAUGAAGUCACGUUCAUGGGAACUACUGGCGCUCUCUCUGACCCUUCUGCCAAACUCUGCUACAUGGCCAAGGAAGAUGGCUCUCUGGCCUUGACCUGGAGAGUGGAGACGGACAUGGGUGACAACUGGCUCCUAUCCUACGUUGAUGCUAAAAGCACUGACCAAGUCCAUAACGUGGUGGACUAUGUCUCUCAUGCGACGUACCAAGUUUACCGUUGGCCUAUCCCCGAUCCUACUGAGGGCAAGCGUGAGAUCCUUGAGAAUCCAUGGAAUCUCAGAACCUCGCCAUUCACCUGGAUCAGCGACGGAAAGAACAACUACACCACAACCCGGGGUAACAAUGCCAUUGCACAGGCUAACCCGGAUGGCGGUAAUGAGUAUCUCAACAACUACAGGCCAAAUAACAAAAAUCUCAAAUUCGAAUACCCGUACUCGCCAAAUAUGAGCCCGCCAAAGACAUAUAUUGACGCAUCCAUCACCCAGCUGUUCUACUCCGCCAACAUGGUACAUGAUCUAUACUAUAUGCUCGGGUUCACCGAAAAGGCUGGAAAUUUCCAGGUCAACAACCGCGGCCAAGGUGGUAAAGGCAACGACUUUGUCAUUCUCAAUGCCCAGGAUGGAUCCGGUACUAACAAUGCUAAUUUCGCUACCCCUCCUGAUGGCCAGCCUGGCCGUAUGCGAGUGUAUAUCUGGACCAAGGCCCAGCCAGCUCGCGAUUCCUCAUUCGAAGCAGGCACCGUCAUUCACGAAUACACUCAUGGCCUUUCCAACCGUCUCUGCGGUGGGCCUGCCAACUCCGCUUGCUUGAACGGCUUAGAGUCCGGCGGCAUGGGUGAAGGCUGGGGUGACUUCUUUGCAACUGCCAUCCGCCUAAAGCCCAAUGAUAACCGCAAUGCAAACUACGUCCAUGGAGAGUGGGUUAACAACAGUCCCAAGGGCAACCGACUCUUCCCCUAUUCCACCAGCCUCAAGACCAACCCACUGGUCUACACAUCAUGCAACAAAUACAACGAAGUCCACGCUAUCGGCACGGUAUGGGCCUCCAUCCUCUACGAGGUUUUGUGGAACCUGAUCGAUAAGCACGGCAAGAACGACGGCCCAACUCCCGUCUUUGAAAACGGCGUUCCCAAGGAUGGCAAAUAUCUCUCCUUGAAGCUCGUUCUUGAUGGAAUGGCCAUCCAAAACUUCGUCCAGGCCCGUAACGCCAUCAUCGAUGCUGACAAGAACCUCACCAAGGGAGCUAACAAGUGCGAGCUGUGGAAAGCGUUUGCUAAGCGUGGACUGGGAACCGGUGCCAAAUAUGACCCCAAGAACCGCACUGGCAGCACCGCUGUGCCCAAGGAGUGCCAGUAG